GUUUACAAUUAAAGGUGACAGUUAAUUGAUUAUUAUUUAUAAAUUUAAUUAUUUUCUUUAAUUAAGUUAAUCAACAUUCUAGAUGAAGUGAUCUUGCUGUUAAUUGUCUUUGAAUCUUUGAAUCUCAGUUGGAUCUUUAAUUUUGUUUCUCUUUCUCUCAUUUGCAAUUUUCUUUUUUUUUCUUUUAUUCUUUUUCCUGGUCUCGCCUUUUUCUUUCUUUUGAUAGAAUUUUCUUUAUUUUCUAUUCUCUUUUACUUUUUAGUUGUUAUCACUUUAACGAUGUUAAUUAAAUUAGUCUUGCUUUCAAUUUAAACUACAACCACCACACUACCACCAUCAUCAUUGUCAUAAUAACAUAACUGUUACAACCAAAGGAUAACUAUUGGUUUUCAUUUCUUCUCAAUUGCUGUUCAAUCAUUGGAAAAAAAAUCUUAUUGUAUCUUCAACGUUUUCUUCAAUCUUUCUCUCUCUCCUUGUUUAAUAUUCUCAUCAUUUACCUGUUAUUAACAAAUUAGCCAACACCAUGUCAAACAAUGGAAAUUUCCCAACAUCAAUUAACACAGCAACAACUAAGGUCACUCCUUUCAUUUGGUUUGACCCUUCAUACAUUAAGACUCCAUCAGGGCUACUUAAAUCUAUGGAAAUUGCCGGUGUUCUACUCGGAUUCAUCUGUGGAACCAUAGGCGACUGUCAUGGCUGUUCAUCUGUAGCUUAUUUUUGUACCACCACAAUGUUAUGUUUCUGGAUUAGUUUAUUACUUCUCGCAGCUUACAUGUUCCAUGUAAUUGAGAAACUUCACAAUAUUCCAUGGCUUCUUGUUGAGGUGGUUUAUUGUGCUGUUACCUGUUUACUUAUUUUCAUUGGCUCAAUUGUCAUCAUUCUCGAUGGUGCUCCUUAUGCGGCUGCUGGUUUCUUCGGAAUCUUUUCUUCUGGAAUCUACUUCACCGACAGUGCCUUCAAGUUCCAAGCCUAUCAACGAGGUGAAAUCGCACAAGGAGAACGGAAAAUAAACGCAUCACCAUCAAGAGCAUAAUUUAAAAAGAUAUCCUGAUAUCAUCAAAACCUACGACAAAAAUGAAAAAGCAUCUUCACCCUUACCGUCAAUUGUUUUCAUCUCUUCAUCAUCAUCAUUAAUUAUCACCAUCACCUUAUAACAAUUGAAAUAACAAACAGCUGAUCAACCCACCCGAUUUUCUAUUCUCUUAUUAAUCAACAAGUUUAUCCAAGACAACAAAGUAAAAGAAAAGAUUUAAUCAAUAAAAAAAGAAACUGGUUCCUUCCCACCAACGGAUUUUGGUGACUUAUUUGGGUUGAUAAGCCAAACAAAUCACAUAAUCACCUUAAUAACUUGAAUCCGAGAACUUGAAUUGAGAGAGACACUUAAUUAAUUCAUCUAAAAAUCCAUUUUUAUUUCGUGGGCUGUGCAUUAAUUACCAAUAAGUGACUUCAGUGACUUUUAAUCUCUAAUUUUACCAAAUCUUUUCUUCUUUGGUGGUAAUAAUCAUCGCAUUUAAUUUCUCAAAGUUUCAUCAACAAUCAACUCGCUCCACCAAUUAUCAACUUCUAUCUCACAUAAAAAAACACACAAAGUGCAUUAUAUUGAAACAAAAAUAUGACAACUAUUUGAUUCACAAUUAAUAACAAUCUCUAUAACUGUUAACAUAUCAAGAUUUAACACUUUUUUUUACAAUUGUUAACCAAAUUAUCAGGAUAUUUACUAUUUUCUAUCCGGUUUUCCUAAAUCACUUUAUCCCUUUUGUUAUUUAUCAACCCUUGAUUUCUGUAAUCAUCAAAUCAAAGCAAAUGUAAAAGCUGCCAACAAUUUACAUAAACAAUUAACUUGAAUAGAAACCUUGAAGGUAUUAACAAGUAAA